GGCACGUUGCCGCAAAACUUCCACAGUUAUAUUCUUAUACAUAUAAUGACGUUGACGAUAUUGUUUCUCAAAAAUACCAGUUCUAUACUUACGUUUUCACAAAAGUGAAGCUUGUCUGUACCACUCUUCUGUGAUCACGUGCCGUUUUUUUUUUUUUUUUUUUUUGGGUAGGGAUUUUUACUUGUAGUUGUGUUCCAUUGAUUGUAAUAUAAUAUACAUCAUCUUAAAAACUUGUUCAAAUUCAUUGACGCAAAGGACAAGGUAGCCUUGCCUCUGUCUUGUAUAGAUAUACGGUUUUGAUUGCGGUAACUGUAUUGUGGUUCAGAUUUGGAGCUACCCAAACAGCUAGUGCUGUCGGGGAUUUGAAAAUCAAAAUGUCGCUGCACUCUUCCGCUUCGGAUGUUUUCGAGUCCAUAGAGAUACAUGGAAUUGGUCUGAGGCAGUCCAUUCGAGAUUUCAAAGAAACGUACGACAAUCCAACAUAUCUUACACGUGAGAUGAAGGAAAUGCUGGACCAGUCUGCUUCUGAACUACAAGUGACCGUUAGUGAAUUGGAGAAACGACUGGAUUAUGUUGAUAAUGAAGGCAAUGAGUGGAAGACAAGGUUUGAGACGCAGGAAGAAAUGAACCAGCAGUUAGAGAGACAGAUUGUUUUACUCCAGAGUAAAGUGGAGGAAGCAAAGAAGAAUCUCAGAGAGGCAAGCAAGUCUCCACGAGAUAACAGGUCCUAUGAGGAAGUGGCUGAUGCCAACCCACAGAUGAUAAAGAACUUUGAACGUGAAAAGCAAAGUCUCUAUAAUACCCUGCGAGAUCUGGAAUGGAGACUUGACCAGGAAUCAAAGGCCUACCACAAGGCUAAUGAUGAAAGGAAGCAGUACGUUUUGGAGAUCAAUGCGACCAAAGGUAGUCUUGAUGAGAUUAGACGCCAGAAGCUGACCCAUGGGGGUGACGGGUUCAUCACAGGCAGGACACCAAGAGAUGUGGAUGGGAAUAUCCCAGAUGAUCAGAGGAUUCUUGACCCAAAGAAAGGUCCUAUCAAAAGAACGGCUGGUGUUAACAAACUCCCGAGCCUGGAGAUGGUCUGAUAGAUUCAAAACGACAGCAACAAUAAAUGUGGUGGGAUGGCAAAUGCAACAGAAAUGUCCAUCUGGACAGCUAUUUGCAGGAAGAAAAGCCCCUGAAUUUUGUUCUUCUCCAUUCCUAUCUUGCACCAGUAGUUGCAGUGGUUCAUAGCAGAACCUUCAUUUCUUUCAAUAACAGUAAUAGCUUUAUAAUCACAAGGAGUUGUACAAGUGAUUGCAGUUAAUAUUGACUCUUUGACUUUGUGUAAGGUUGACAUAAUAUAGAAAUGUAAUCGCAUAUGAUGAUUGUUACAAUAUUUAAAUUGGUAGUCCAGUAAGCUAGAAAUGCAGAUGAAAUUAAUCAAAAAUGUAAAGCAUCAGGGCUUGAUAUUUCUUGUAAACAGUUCUUCAGAAAAGAAAGAAAAUGACGCACUCAAUACAUUUUAUUUAUGGUUAUAUGGCAUCAGACAUAUGGUUAAGGACCACACAGAUAUUGAGAGAGGAAACCAGCUGUCACGACUUCAUGGGCUACUCUUUUCGAUUAGUAGCAAGGGAUCUUUUAUAUGCACCAUCCCACAGACAGGGUAGUACAUACCAUGGCCUUUGAUAUGCCAGUCGUGGUGACGAUUCUUCAGCUUCGAUGCUGAAUUAACAUUAGGAAUAACAAAUAAUCACAUGAAUAACAAUUUAUUAACAAGUUCACAAUUAGCAAUGUUCUCCUAGAUUUUUGCACCCAGUAGCCAAUAUAUCCUUUGAGCUGGGAUGUCAUUAAAUAUUCAUUCGUUCCAAUGUUUCUGAGACAAGGUUGACAGUGGUUGCCAAAAAAAAAGCAGAUGGCCCUCACAGGUUCAAUUAUUCAUCACCAUCUCUGGUUACAUAUUUUCUUUUCACACAUAAUCUAACUUCUGAUCUGUGGCAAUUCACCCUAGUCCUAUGAGCUUGUCCAAACAUUCAAACAGCCAAUCAGUAAAGAAAAAAGAAGGAAGUAGCUACCAUGUGAUCAGAACAGGAUGUUCUUGGUUCACUGGAAAAUUUUAGCUGUUUGAUUGGCUGUUGGCAUGUUUGGACUGUCAGUAGUCCAUGAGACUAGGUGGGUGGGGAGAAUGUCAUAGGUCAGAGGUCAGGUCAUGUCUUCAUACAAAGAGAAAACAGUCCAACUUCUCUUCAAUUUAGAGUUGUAUGGUCAUGUAUCAUAGAUGUGGACUGAACUUGCAAAAUUACAAAUUAUUAAAUAACAUAUUCUGGUUCAGGUAACCUAGUUACCAUUUAUUGAUAUUUGUCAUAAUGUAUUAUAUCUUUAUAGAAAUGUCUGUGAUAUUGGGAUGUAGAGUUUUAAUAUAUUGGUAUAUAUAUAUUUUUUAAUCUCUUAUUUUCCUUCAUAUACAGGAGUUUGAAUGAGCAGGGGUGUCCACAGUGCAUUUGUUUGUCACAAUUUCCAUCUGCUGAAUUACUGCUGAAUCAGCAUUUUAUAAAAAAUUUGUUUGCUGAAUAACUGUUGAAAGAGUUGAAUGAAUUUGAAUAUACCAUUUAUUAAUCUGCUGAAUUUGGAUAAUCAUUUCUUUGGUAAUUUGUUUGCUGAAUUACUGCUGAAAGAGCUGUUUGAACCAGCAUAAUAGCAAGAGUUUGUUCUUGUGGAUUGCUGCUCCUAGAAAGCAUUGAAUCAAGUCUGUCCAUUACAAUUUAUUUCUACUGUAUUACUGCUGAGACACCCAUGCCAACAUGGAUCAUCCCCAUCCCACCACCACCCAAUAUUGACUCCUCCCUAAUCCUUGUUUAUCCCAGAACUUAACAAAACCAAAACUUUUGAAAGUUUUCCAUCUUAAAAAGCAAAGGGUGGAAUACGACUGAAUUGUAGAGAAAGAUUAAAGUUUAAAAAUGUUCACUUUCUUCUGUUGUUAAGAUGCGAAUACCUGCAUUUAGUGGUGCUUAAUGAGUUUGCUUACUACGCACCUUUUAUAUUAUUAUUAUUAUUAUUUAUCUUCAGAAAUUUCCGUCCAUGGUGAGACUGCUGAAUUGAUAUUUGUACAUAACACUGUACAUUGUUACUUUUUGUUUUAAUUAUGUAUGGUUUGUUAAUGACCUUUGUACAAAUGGCAAACUUGUGAUAUUGUGAUAUAGUAUUGUUUGACAUAUCAGUAAGAACACUUACUAUAGAUGAUGAUAGUGUUUUUGUUAUCACUUCAUUUUGUGGUCAAUGCACAUCACAGUUAAAAUACAGACAUCACAAUUAAAAUAUAUAUAUUGAUAAAUUAUAAUGCAUAUUUUUCACACAUAAUUUAAAUUUAUUUUUGAUGUGUUUUAUUGAUGUGAGUUUUAUGAUCAUGCAUCCACUUAAUUUUCAGGUUUUAAAUAUUUUUAAAAAUAUAUAUUUUGGAUUGCAGUGCUUAACUAAAGCUAUUAAAUGUAAAUAUUGGUCCAGUUGAAGAGCACUGCAACAUUGUUUUAAGGUACCAUUACUGAUACCCCCAUCCCCACCCCAAAUAAAUAGAUACCUAUUGUUAGACUGUGAUAUUCUUAAUUCCAAUGCAAGAAGUGUAGGCAGAAUGAAUUUAAAAUGUUCUGCUUUAGGUGACUGCUAAGUAUGCCUAACUGUAGCAACAAUACUUUUAAUGUUAGUCAAAAAAACCCCGUAACAAAUGAUAUUUCUAACAGGUUGAUAAUUCUUGAUACACAGGUUAUGUUUAUCAUAAAUUGACAGUAUUCAAAUGUAACUAUGGAUUGGCAGUGUUGAUCGAACCAUAAAUAGGUAACAUUUAAUCAUAGGCAGGUAAUGUUCAACUGUAUAUUGGUAGUGUUUAACUAUAGACUGAUCAUGUUUCACACAAACUGGUAACAUUCAUUCAUAAAUUGGUACGGUAAUGUUUAAUAAUAAAUUCCCAACAGUAAAUAGUUAAUGUUUAACCAUAAACUGGUGAUUUUUAAUCGUAAAUUACCAGUAGUAAUAUUUAAUCAUAAACUGGUAAUUUAUAAUUGUAGACUAGUAAUGUUUCAUGAUAAAGUUGAACAAUAUUUAUCAUAGGCUAGUAAUGUUUAACCAUAAACUGGUAAUGUUUAAUCAAAAGCUAAUAAUAUUUUACCGUAAACUGGUAAUGCAUAAUCUUAAAAUGGUAAUGUUUAACAGUAGACUGAUAUAAGGAAGUAUGGUAACAAUGAAAAUUAUGAAUGGCAUUAAGUCGAACUGGUAUCAGUUAUUCAUCCUUAGAUCUAAUUCACACAGCAGCUAAUUGUUGUCUUUCCAAUAAGCACUGUCAUAUGAUGCUUAACAUAGAAACUGAUAUUGUGUACUUAUAUGUACAUAUAGUAGGAUACAGUAAAUAAUUUGGUAAUAUCAGUUUAGAAUGCAAUUUCUUUUGUUUACAUAUUGAUGAAGUAUGAAAAUCAGUAUGUUUUUGUGUACAAAUACAGGUCAUAUCAAUCAAACUUUUUUGUUUAUCAUACCAUUCAAGAGAAAGACAUUUUGUCACUUUAUACCAAAUUAAAUUCUGACAUUUGGUAAUUUGGUUCCAUAUGUGUAGCUGGUAUGUGCAUUCAAUAUUAUUGAUUCCAAAUCAGAAUCAUCUUACAAUGUCUUUAAGCAUUCCGUGUGCCUUAUGCCGAUAAGUCAGUGAAUUGGUGUGAACAUAAACCAUUAUAUUUGUUUUAGUAUUGCAUUGCAUAGUGUAAUUUGAUAUUUUUGUGUUGAAAAAUUAACCAUUAAUACUUAAAUAUUUUUUUUUUUAAAAAGAUGAUAUUUCCAAAAUAUUAUGAGGGCGAUACCAGAACAGGUUAUGUCCAAAAUUAUGGUUUACAUUAGAACAGGUUUUACAUUUUAAAAAGUCAGAAAAAUAUGAAGAGAUGAUUAAAUUAAAUUUAAUUUAUUAACUCAAAUUAUGUAGCUUAGCAUCUCUACUAUUACAUGUAGGUUCCCACAGAAUUCUACAGUUUUAAAAAAGAAAAAAAAAGUGAAAUAGUGGACUAGCCUAUUUUUCACAGAGCGGACAUAGCUACUUCUUCUUGUCAGUCCUAAAGUAAAUUCCUUGCAUUUUCAAAAUAUGAUUUACUGAUACCCCAAAACACCAAAAUGUAAAAUCAGUUGUAUGCAAGGUUUGCAUGUACAUGUAUAUUAAGUACUUUAAAAAAGAAAUCUUUUACAAUUAAAACUCGCAACCUAAAUACAAACAGAAUGGAUCAGAAACAGUCCAGUUACAGCCAUAUUUAGUUUUUCACUAUCUCUGAACUACUACCCCGUAUGUGUUUUUGUUUUGGAGUAUCUAUACAUCACUAGUAGACAGAUAUUUGCAUCCAUAUGUUGGUCUGUUUGUCAGUCUGUCAGUCGGUCGGAGCUACAUGUAAUGCCAAAGAUCUUUAGGAUUAGCUGCUUGUUUUGAUUGUGUAUACAUCAUUGGAUACCAUCAUUAUAAUUUAUGCCAUUAAAAUGUAUACAUGACUACUUGGGUGAUCAAAGGCAUUUACAUACAUGUUCAAGUAAUUUGAUGUGAGUAUUGUACGGAAAGAUACUGUUGAAUCUUAAUUAUGUUAGUGCCUCUAUGUUAUUGUUGCUUAGGCCAUAGUGAAAUAAAGCCCCGAUAAUAAAAGUCAGCACCAGGUUUUUUUCUUAAUUUGCAAAAAAAAAAAAAUAAAGUACAGUAUUUCCAAUGUUCUGAAAAUAUAAAAUAAAAUUUCAUCUCUAGCUCCCAUUUAAAAAAAGUGCAUUUUGAAUUUUUAAAAAUCCUGCAGUUAUUUUAGUAUGGCCUUACUGAUGUAUUUAUACCCUAAGUUAUUCAACUAAUUUGUAUUUAUUUAUAUCUUGCACAUGAAUGUUCAGUAUCAAUUCGUUUAGACAUCUACUGCUUAUUUUUAUUUAACAUAUGCAUACUAUAUACAUACUUUCAUUGAUAUUUUCAAAAUGUCUUAUUUUCUCUUGCUUGGUUUGAUAAUUUUGAAAUUUCACAAAAUUGCUGACAAUCUUGUAGUUAGAUUUAUAUAUUUAUUUUAUCUUUACAUUUUACAAUGCACAUUUAUUUUGUCUUCUAAUAAAAAAUAUGAUAUGUA